AUGACCCCGCAGCAUCCUGUCCGUCACUGGAUGGCACUACCACCCCCCAUCCAGGACUUCAACAAAGCCCUUAAACGCAUGAGACCCGGCAAAGCCCCAGGACCCGACAACAUCCCACUGGAGCUCCUCGCCCACUUUGGCUACGAGAUGAGGAACCGUCUCAUGCUCCUUAUAUUGAAGAUUUCGGAGACAAAGACCCUCCCCAGCGACUUCCGCGAUGCAACAGUCGUGACAAUAUUCAAAAACGGAGACCUCGCCCUGGUGCGCGCCCUGCAUGACGGAAUAGUGGGGAGAGUAUGCCACCAGUACUCCCUCUCGGACCCAUUCCCCAUUACUGGUGGCCUGAAGCAGGGGUGUGUUCUGGCACCAACGUGUUUCUCUCUCUACACAGCAGAAAUGCUAAAUGAGAUCCCACCAGACACACCCUCAAUUGACCUCCGUUACCGCUUGGAUGGAGGAGUUUUCAACCUCGCUCGACUUCGUGCCAGAUCCAAGACCACCAUGUGUUGGGUACGGGAGCUGCAGUACGCUGACGACAAUGCCCACCCCAGGUCAGACUGCAGAGCACCCUCCAGUCACUAG